AUGUCUACCGUGUCUCACGCGCCUGCGCGCGUCGCACGAUGCGUCAGUGAUCGAAAAUCCGCGAAAGAAUCACGAAGAAACAUCAAAACUCGAGCGAAAGCCGACGGUUUGUCCACGCUUCUCGGCGCCACGAUCAUCGCCCCCGGCGGCGACGUCGCGGUUCGCGAGAGCGUCCAAAAGUACUACGGCGAGACGCUGAGCACGAGCGAGGACUUGAAGACGAGCGCGUGCUGCACGCCUGGAGAUCAGAUUCCGCGAGAGGUUCGGGACGCCUUGCGAGACGUCCCGGAUGAGGUCAAGGCGAAGUACUACGGAUGCGGGAGCCCGACGCCGACGGGAAUCGAAGGAUUGCGCGUGUUAGAUCUCGGAAGCGGGAGCGGGCGGGAUUGUUACGUCGCGGCGAGGUUGGUCGGCGCGAACGGGAGCGUGACCGGGGUGGACAUGACGGACGGCCAGCUCGAGGUGGCGAGGAAGUACGCCGAUGAGUACUGCACGAAGACGUUGGGGUACGCCGAGUCGAACAUGAAAUUCGUGAAGGGCACGAUCGAAGACUUGAGGGCCGCGAACGUGGAAGAUGACAGCGUGGACAUGAUCAUCAGUAACUGCGUAAUCAAUCUGAGCCCCGAUAAGCCAGCGGUGCUGCGCGAGGCCUAUCGCGUGCUCGCGAACGGCGGAGAGUUUUAUUUCUCCGACGUGUACUGCGACAGAAGACUUCCGGAUGAUUUGCGCUCGCACGAGGUUUUACUCGGCGAGUGCCUGGGCGGGGCGAUGUACAUCGAGGACUUUAAGCGCCUCUGCGUCGCCACUGGCUUCACCGACCCGCGCGUGCUCGCCGGGCACGAGAUCGAGGUCAGAGAUCCCGCGCUCGCGGAACUUCUCGGCGAGGCCAAAUUUUACUCCAUCACGUACAGACUGUUCAAGCUCCCGCCGGGCGUCCUCGAGACUCUGUGCGAGGAUUACGGCCAAUACGCCGUGUACAACGGCGGCAUCUCCGGUUCACCGAACGCCUACCAGCUCGACGACCACCACAGAUUCGUGAAGAACAAACCCAUGCUCGUGUGCGGAAAUACCGGUUCUAUGGUCGGAGAGACCUGGCUCGGGAAGUACUUCACCCUCGUCGGCGACAGAUCGACGCACUACGGUUUGUUCGACUGCGGCCCGUCUCCCGUCGCCGCGCCCUCCGGUUCGUCCGCCCCCGCCGGCGGUGCGUGCUGCUGA